AGGACUCGCGGAGUGCGCACCACACACCAUGCGACCCAACACCAUAAUCGCAGUCGUCCUCUGCACCCUAUCACAGGUCGUGCCAUGGUCUGGUGCCCAAGACUACGACGUAUCUGAACUGCAGUGCAGUUUCGCGGCAAACGGCGGCAGUCGCGACUCAAUUUCGGCAAAGCUGCGCAAGCCGGCGGGUUUCCGAGGGGCGCCGCUGUUCGCCGACGACAGGGCGGUUGACCCGGCCACUGACCCCUCGUGCCAAAUCCGCCUAGACCCAUCCGACCCGACCGACAUGAGCUACAACAUGCUGGUCACCGACUUCCAUCGCUGCGGCGUCGUCAAAGUGAACGGUGCGGUGCACGUGAGGCUGUGGUUCCCGCAGUUCCCGGGCGUCGUGAUGCUCGCCGAUCAGGAACUCAUCCUCAUGUGCAAGCCUCCGGAACCGAUUGUGACGCAGCACAAAGCGGCCGGAUUCGCCGGUAGUUUCUCGGGAGGCGCCCGCGUGUCUGGCGUGGUUGAGGAGAAACCGGGCACCCUUGAAUAUGAGGUUGCCCUGUACAAGGAGGCGCCGCCACGCAACAAGACGAACAACCAGCCACAUUCCAAGGGAGAACUUCCGGUCGAACAGGCCGUCCAGAUUGGCACCAAGCUGCAGCUUAGGGCCAGAAUUAACGCGCAAUCAGUUUGGAAGUACGUCAAAUUAAUGGAGGUGACUGUUUCACCGGAUCCAGACAACCCUCACGUUCCUGGACACGUUUAUCUCGUCAAAGAUGGAUGCCGUAACCGCGAUUUGGCGACCAUAAUUCCCCACCAACCAGCCAGGUACAAGGAGCGUCCGAACGAGGUUUUCCUCGACUUUGAGGCGUUUCUGCUAAGCACCCUCCAGGAGCGCUCCACCCUCUGGAUCCACUCCGAGAUCAAAGCGUGCGUCGUGCCCGAAGACUGCCAGCCGGAAUUCUGCCUGGACCUUUUCGAGCCGUCGGGUCACGGUCGUAGGCGGAGGGAAAUCAGAGGAGGUCGUUCCUCCGCAGAAACAACCACCGUCCGAAUGCAGAGAAGUCUGACCGGACCUGAAAAUGUGAGCGCCGACCACCAUUUCACCAAUUUUGGCGAGAACAUCGCUUACACAGUGCUCAUGAAGGAAAAUGAGUGCUAUGAAGCAGCCAAGAACAGGGAAGAAGUGUGCGGCGCCUUUUUGGGGGUGGCCACCCUGCUGGGCGGGUUGCUGGUGAUUGCGGUGCUGAUGGCGUGCUACUUGACCUCGAGGCUCCACGCAGUGUCCAAGGCGAGACACACGCCCUCCUUUGAAGAACUCGUCCGGCAACACAAACUCAAGUACCAGGGACCAGAAGGCCUCGAACGGCAGUACCACUGACGCGCCCCGACCGCGACCGCAGGGGUGGGGGAGGGUGGCGGUCCAAAACAACCCCUGCGAGCCGCCCACGACUGCCUGUCAACCCCUUUGUACAUAGGACAUUCUCAUUCCGGUGACGGCGCUCUGUACAGUAAUUUAUUGAAUCUCGCAGACCAUUAAAGAUAAUUUUAGUUUGUAUAAAUUUCUUGUUUAACUUAUCAGAAACAAACUGUUUGAUUUAGAGUUUGGAUUUAUUUUGCCAACAAGGUCCCCAAACGUCUGACAAAAAGACUUAAACAUCUCAUUAAUUUUGGAUUAAAACGGGCUAAUAUUGACUAAAAUUUGCCCAAACUGACAUCGACGGUUACAUUUCCAAAUAAUAUCAAUCUUGGGGGCUUGUUUAAGGCUCUCAAACUGCAAAUUUGAGAUUGGUAGAAAAAUUUGACAAUUAGCUGGCCUACGUUAAGUGCAUUUAUAAAUUGUGCUGACAAGACAUUGGCCAAAGUUGGCAUUUUGGAAGGACACUUGGCAUUACAUGCUCAAAAUUCAAUCAAUAUCCAUCAUUUGACGCGCUUUCUAUUGACCAGCUUACAGAGAAAUACAUUGUACCAACUCAAAUUUGAGAGUUCAAAGGCUUUUAAACCACACAAAUGUACAUAAAAGAGCAAAACAAGUUCAUUAAUAAACAGCUUGGAAACAAGUGCUAUGGCACUAGAUGAUCACAUUUUGGUUUGAUUGAACGCAGACAAAUAACUAAAACAGGAGUGUGUGGAGAUCAGUUGUUGCUCAGGUCCAUGGUGGAUGUUGACAAUCUCGAUCCGCUCCCUAUGCCUCUCCGUUCAGCAGCUGACUCUUCUUAAGCGCCUCAUACGCUGCAAUCUCCUUCAACUCCUUCUUCUGGUUGCGAGACUCAAACUCCAGCCUAAUCAAAAAUAGUAUGAUUUUGAUGUACUGAAAUUUAAAUUAAUGCCAAAUUUUAACCUGUGCUGGAUAAUUCUUUCGACGAUCUUCUCCGUUGUCAUCUUGUUGUUUGAAUCCAGCAGCUUGAAGCAGCCGCGUUUCUUUGGCUCGCCAUAGGCGUCCUCAUUGGUGACGCUAUCUGGCUGAAUAGGAGUCUGACCGUGGCACACAAUAUCAACUUUAAAAUGGUCCAUUAGAUCAGCUGUCACCACGUAUGGUGCUCCUAUCAC